CAACGGCAGCAGGGCCCCUGGAGAAGCCAAGAUGCCAUCGAAGGGAAAGGACGAAAAGAAAGGGAAGGGUAAAGGUAAAGGCAAAGACAAAGGCGAAGACAAGAAGAAGAAGUAAGGAGAAGCCACCCUGGGGUCCCUGCUCCCUGGGCCUACCCUCCCGGGAUUCUCAGGGGCGGGCCAACUGGCGCCCUCCCGCCUCCCCUCCUGGACCCUCCUCUCUCCCCGCUUCUGAGAAGGACAGCCCCCAUUGUUCAGAUAUUACCAAAAUGCACGCCAAACCAUACUACUUCAACUAAGACAAGAGUGUGAGGCUUGGGACCCUGAAGUAACUUAGAUACAGCCCCUGCCUAUGUGUAAUGCGCUAACGAACGAGGAGGAGGCAGAUAAGUUCCCAAAGAACAGAAGUAACAUAGGACCGAAUGAAGUUAAGUGCCAGUGGAGGGAAAAAGAAUAGAGAAUGCGGAAGAAGGGUUAGUUCUGACCCUAGAUGUGAAGGUCAGGAUAACAUGUUUUAGGAUAUCGAAGAUCCUCUAGGCCUGUGCUGUCCAAUAGGGUAGUCACCUGUCACGUGUGGCCAUUAAAAUUAGUUAAAAUUAAAUAAAAUAAAAAAUUCAGAUCCUCAUUUGUACUGGCUACAUUGCAUGUCCUCAGUAGGCACAUGUGGCUAGUAGUGGUGACUGUAUUGGACAGCCCAGAUAUAGAGCAUUAACACCAUCACAGAAAGUUCUGUUGGACGGCAUUGCUCUAGACCAGUGGUUCUCCGCCUGGGGUGAUUUUUGGCUACCAGGAGACGUUUGUUAAUAUCUGGAGACAUUUUUGGUUGUCACAUCUGGGGACCUCUAGUGGAUAAGAGACAAAGGAUGCUGUUAAAUAUCUUACACUGCACAGGACAACCCCCAGCCCCACUCUAAACAAAGAAUCGUGUAGCUCAGAAUAUUCGUAGUUGGGAAGCCCUGCUCAAGGCUUUAAGCUUCUCUAGAAUAGGCACUAAGCGUUAUUCACAGUAUCUCUAGCACCUAGAAGAGACCCUGGAUCAUAGCAGAUGCUUAAUAUUUGUUAAAUAAACAAAUUAAGGUGUCUGCUUGUGUAUGCUUCAACUUGGAUCUCCCCCCUCCCCCCCCACACAAGAACUAUGCUCUGGUGCUCUGGGUUCAUUAUUUUUUGCCUGUAGCCUGAUCGAUCUCAGCUAUGUGGUUGAGAUGAUCGUGGACAUCCAAAGGAUCUCUGGAUGAUUGAAGUAGUUCCUUGGGCUUUUUUCAAGGAUUCCUUUUGGUUCAAAGGAAAACAUAAAGGAUUUGACCAAUUCAGGAAGAUGAUAAAAGUUGAGGAAUCUGCCAUGGAGAGAGCCAAGGCCAAUGCCUCCCUUUGGGAGGCCAGGCUGGAAGUCACAGAACUCUCUAGGAUUGAGUAUCGUGAUACUUCCCGGAGCCUGGCAAAAUAUAAUGAAGAAUUAAAGAAACAGCAGUAUAGAAUGGAGAAAGACACAGUGUCUGUAUUGAACUACCUGAAGAAACAGGAUCAGGAGAAGGAUAAUCUGAUUGAAAAACUGAAACAGCAAUUGAAUGAAACUAAGGGAAAAGCCCAAGAAGAGAAGGAAAAAUUGGAACAAAAAUAUACUGUGCAAAUAAGUGAGCUGGAGGGACAGUUCCGUCAAAAAGCCAGAGAAAUUGGCAUGAUUCAGACAGAGCUCAAAACAAUAAAACAAUUCCAGAAGAGAAAAAUCCAAGUAGAGAAAGAAUUAGAUGAUCUGAAGGAGAACUUAAGGAACAUAGAGCAGAAACAUCAGGAGACUCUUAGGAGAUUGGAAGGCAGGUUUUUGGAAGAAAAGUACCGACUAGAAAAAGAGGCUGAGAAGAAGAUAAUAAUGCUGGCAGACAGAGCCCACCAUGAAGCUGUUGUGCAAUUGAACAAUGCUGGAAGAGCUGUUUUUAAAGAGAAUAUUUAUCUCCAGAAAGCUCUCGCAUACCACCUGAAGGAAGCUGAUGCUCUACAAAAAAACUCUCAGAAGUUGCAAGAGACUCAGACUUCCCUUUUACAGCAAAAGGAAAUCAAUGAUCUGUUGGUUAAGGAAAAGAUAAUGCAGCUUACCCAGCAGAAAUUACAAAUCCAAACUCUUCAGAAGAAGGUAGUAAGCUUGGAGACUACCCUGAGUUGUAUGACCAAAGAGUUUGAGACUGAAGUUUUAAAACUGCAGCAGCAGGCAAUGGUAAAGAACCAAGCGGGUCAGAUUGAAAUUUUCAAGCUGCAGCAUCUUCUUCAGAUGAAGGACAAGGAAAUGAAUCGAGUAAAGAAGCUGGCCAAGAACAUACUAGAUGAAAGAACAGAAGUGGAAAGAUUCUUUUUAGAUGCUCUACACCAAGUAAAGCAAGAGAUCCUAUUUAGCAGAAAGCGUUAUAAACAGGUAGCACAAGCUGCUUUCAAUUUUAAAAUGAGAGAGGCAUGUGCAGGAAGAACAGAAUAUCCCAAAAUCCGAACAUUUGAUGGCAGAGAGCACAGCACCAACAGUGUGAAUCAGGAUCUUAUGGAGGCCGAUAAAUGGACAGAUAUUCAAGGAAAUAUGGACAUUGGAGAUUUGACCUGGGAGCAGAAAGAGAAAGUCUUGAGGUUGCUCUUUGCAAAAAUGAAUGGCUUUGUUCCUAGGAAAUACGGCCAGAGUUCUAAACCUCCAGUUCCAGACUAUAUUGGUCCUGAUGAUGAAACAACAAAGGAGUUUGGGGAUGAAAGUAAGCUUCAAGAUCACACCUUCAUCACCCAGCAAGUGCCAAUCUUAGACUCUACUGGUGAACUGGUGAUACCCAAUAUUCAGAAAGGAUCACAAGAGUCUGAUAUAGAAACAGUAAAUGGCUACAAGAAUAUCCUAAGAAUUCUGUUCACAAACCUGUCCGACAUCUACCAGGUGGGAAUAUUUCCGAGCAGUGGCUCCAUUGGUGGUGAAGAUGGCAGUUCCAUUUCCAUAUGGGUUGUCAUUUACGAUCUUGAUGGCUUCAUCCAAAGUGUCUGUUUCCAGAACUACAAGAACUGGGCCAAAAAUCUCCUCUUUGUAACAGGUCAUAUUUGGCUGCCAGGAGUGAUGUAGCAGAAAAGAAGUCAGUAUUUUUUGCUUAUUUGGUACUUUAUUACCCACUUGCUUAAUGAACAGCUUUUAUGUUAGUAAUAAUCUCUUUUCAUUUUAAAUCACCUAUUAAAAAAGGUCCUUUCUUGCUGUGUUCCAUCUUCCAAGCUACCAAUCAUAAAUAACUUGAAAUUCCUAUUACUGUAACUAUAUAACUACACUCCUUUUCUUUAAGCACUGUAUUUUUAGGUCUCAUGACCCAUCACUAGCUUCCUGUUUUAUGCCUGUAUUACUUGUUUAUCCAAUUGUUAUCUUACUGAAAACUACUUGAAAAUUCAUUUUUUUAAUAAAUCAAAUAUAUAUUAAAAACACCACAGGAGAAUUUUUCUAUUUAAAGAAAUCCUGUGCUAAGUUUUCUGUAACAUAAACAAUCUAUUCUCAUUUGUUCCUUUGCCUCCCAAAUGAGUCUGUACAUCUUUAUUUUGGUAUCAGGUCACAUUAAACAUUGAAAACAUCUUUUACCACUGCAGCUGGUCAGCUGUGUUUGUUGCUGAUAAGUGGAUUUUUCCUCAAUGACUCUGUGGCAAGAAAUCUCAUAAUUUCCACUACACUUGGAUUCAGCUCUUGACUAUUCAGGAUUAUAAUAGGAUUAGUGGGGAGAUCUGAAUUUCAAAAAAACUCCUCAAUAUAGUCAUUGAGGAGUCAUUGUCAUUUUAGCUGAGCAACUUUCAGUUUUGAUAAAUAAAAAUUGACACCAAUUCUUUUUCUUUUGUCACUUUCUGGUGAAGAUGUAGGUUUUCAAUAACCAUUGGGGGCUGAUAUAUUGAUGGAGACACUGCAAUAGCUAUAAGCUAGGCAGUAAGAAGGAGCGGGAAGAAGAAUUUAACAUUAAACAAGUAAGAAGUAUAACGUAAGAUAGGAACUGGCAAAAUAAUGGCCUGUGAGCUGGAGUGGCUUGCUGCCAGUUUUUGUACAGCCCACAAGCAAAGAAUGGUUUCUACAAUUUUUAAAUGGUUGAAAAAAAUCAAUCAUGACACCUAAAGCUAUAUGAAAUUCAAAUUCCAUUGUCCAUAAUUAAAGUUUUAUUGGAAUAAAACCACACCAUGUUAAUGGCUGAGUCGAGUAGUUGUGACAGAGACUAUUUAUCCCUGCAAAGCCAAAAAUAUUUACUCUUUAGCUCUUAAGUUAUCCAACCACUGGUAUAGUGGAAAGAGGUUGGAAGUCAGGAGGGGAGACUCAUUCAGACUUGAGAUAAAAUAACUGAGGAAUUCUGGCAAGAGAUGAGGUCUCUAGUCAUUAAGUGUCUUCAUUUAUAAAUUAGAUGAAUGAGGUGCCUUUAGCUAAUUUCACAAAAUUAUAUAUUUGCAAAAUAAAUAAUCC